CCAGUCAGUGAAAUGUCUCUAGCUCAGAGGGUUUUGUUGACCUGGGCCUUUACCCUGGUAUUCCUCAUCAUGCUGGUGCUCAAGCUGGAUGGGAAGGUGCAGUGGAACUGGUUCCUCAUCUUCCUACCAGUCUGGGUCUUUGACGGCAUCCUCAUCCUCAUGCUUGCCAUCAAAAUGGCUGGCCGCUGCAAGCCUGGGUACGACCCACGCAAUGGUUCACCAGACUUGUGUUUGCGUACCUGGUACCUGAUGGCCAUGCUGCUCAAACUGGGCUUCUGCCUGACGCUAUGCGCAAAGCUGGAAAAACUGGCUGACGUCAAGCUGACAUUUGUUUGCAUACCACUGUGGACCAUGCUGCUGGGAGCUCUGGUAGAACUGGGAUUGAAUAUAUUUCCUGAAAGGAGAGAGGUUUAACAGCUACUUGAGAUUAAAUUAAUAAAAAUUAAGAAAGAAGAUGUGUUGGAAAUGCUUGUGGUUUGCCUUUAUCGUCAUACUUUAAGUAUAAGAAUGGUAGCUGUUCAUACCUGAGCUGAGCUUCAGACAAGCUAAAGGUCAACUGAAUGUGUAAAAAACAAGUUUUUGAGUCAUUUAUUACAAAAAAAAAGCACCAAAAUUAAUCUGAAGAAGCAGCUAUAUAAAGAAGACUACUGUAAAGCCAAUACUGGACAAAAAAAUAUU